AUGAAACUUCCGUUGAAACUGAUCGCCUUCGCUUGUCUCUUAGGCUUGGUAGCCUCCCAAGAGAAAUGCAACAGCAAGAACAAAUUUUGCUUCCCGAAUCAUGUGACUAACUGGAUCGGAGCCGCUGAGUAUUGCUCCCGAAACAACUGGAGACUGGCCAUUCUGGAUAGCGAGCAAAAGCAACAGGAGGUGGAAGCUCUGGCCCAACGGGUGGAUGCCUUCAAGACGGCCAAGGUAGAAUUGUGGAUUGGUGCCAGCGACUUGGCUCAGGAAGGUAAAUUCAUCUGGCACGCCACCGGAGUGGACGUUGGCUAUGCGAAAUGGAUCGCCGGGAAGCCGGACAACAAAGACGGUCACGAACAUUGCGUCCAUCUGUGGUACGAACCGUCCCGUCUGUUCAAGUGGCACUGGAAUGAUGUCGUUUGUGGCUCGACGCGUCGCUUCGUUUGCGAAAAAGUAUGAAUUCCAGUCCUGAUGGUUGAAAAUUCAAUAAAUCUGCAUGAACGCUCGG